CGCGGAGUAGAAGCAGUUCGCGGAAGUGUUAGGUUUAGACUCUCCUUUUGGUCUGGAGAAAAUCAGGUCCCGUGUGCUUUUUUUUAAUCCCUUGAAGAUUUUCUGGUUUUUACUUUAUAUUUUGUCCCGUAGGAGGUUUGUUUCUCACAGGAUGACGUGAUGUCCACAGGGUGGAAGUGGAGUAGGGUCCUGAUGCCCCAGGAGCAAAAGGAUUAUGUGAAGGAGGAAAAAGUUACAAGAUGUGGUGUCAGUUUUUAUGGGGGCACGCCUGACGGAGACUGAGAUUUCUGAAGAGAAACUAAAAGUAGAUCCAGAAGACACAAGGCAGAGCUUGCCCACUGCCAGCUGUUUUCAGAGAGCAGAACAAAUGACCCAGGCCCAGGAAUCCCUGACAUUUGAUGAUGUGGCUGUGGACUUCACCUGGGAGGAGUGGCAGCUCCUGGCCCCCGCUCAGAAGGACCUGUACCGGGACGUGAUGUUGGAGAACUAUAGAAACCUGGUGUCAGUGGGUUUUCACACCAGCAAGCAAGAUGUGCUCUCCAAGUUGGAUCAAGGAGAACCAACAUGGACAGUGGAAGAUGACAUCCCCUGUCAAUCCCAUUCAGAAACCUGGAAACUUGAUGACUAUUUGCCAGAGCACUUACAAAAUGAAAUCAUGGAGAAUAGCUUAGAACGAUGGCACAAACAUAAGACAUUUGAAAAUAACGUUCAUCAGAGCACAGCUCAUUUCGUGUUAAGGCAAAAUCAUGAUAUGUGUGACUUACAUGGAAAAACUAUGAAACCAAACUUAACUUUACUUCACGAGAGCAGAAGCUAUGAAAUAAAGAACGCUGAAGAUCUUACUGGAGAUGGAAAAUCCUUUCUACAUGCUAAUAAUGAACAGUUUCAUCCCAAAAUUAAAUUCCCUGAAAGCAGAAAACUCAUUAGUACUAAGUCCCAAUUCAUCAAGCAUCAGAAAACGCAAAAAACAGACAAGCCUCAUGUAUGCAGUGAAUGUGGGAAAGCCUUCAUCAAGAAGUCCUGGCUCACUGAUCACCAGAUCAUUCAUACAGGAGAGAAACCCCACAGGUGUAGCCUGUGUGGGAAAGCAUUCUCCAGAAAGUUCAUGCUCACUGAACACCAGAGAACACAUACAGGAGAAAAACCUUAUGAAUGCACUGAAUGUGGCAAAGCCUUCCUGAAGAAAUCGCGGCUCAAUAUACAUCAGAAAACACAUACAGGAGAGAAACCAUAUAUAUGCAAUGAAUGUGGAAAAGGCUUCAUCCAGAAGGGAAAUCUUAUUGUACAUCAGCGAAUCCAUACUGGAGAGAAACCUUACAUAUGCAAUGAGUGUGGGAAAGGCUUCAUCCAGAAGACAUGCCUGAUAGCACAUCAAAGAUUUCACACAGGAAAGACUCCCUUUGUGUGCAGUGAAUGUGGAAAAUCCUGUUCCCAGAAGUCAGGUCUCAUUAAACAUCAAAGAAUUCACACGGGAGAGAAACCCUUUGAAUGCAGUGAAUGUGGGAAAGCCUUUACCACAAAGCAAAAGCUUAUUGUCCAUCAGAGAACUCACACAGGUGAAAGACCCUAUAUCUGUAAUGAGUGUGGGAAAGCUUUUGCCUACAUGUCUUGCCUUGUUAAACAUAAGAGAAUACACACAAGAGAGAAAUGUGGAGAUUCGGUCAAAAUGGAAAGUCCUCCCUCAGAGAAUCACAGCUCAUCACAGACUAGUGGUGCCAUGCAGGAGAAAGACCUUGUCAAUACAGUGACUAUGGAAGUGCCUUCUGUGGCUUGUCAGACGCCACUAAACAUCAGUGGGCUCUUAGCAAAUAGGAAUGUGGUCAUAGUGGGACAGCCUGCAGCCAGAUGUGCACCCUCAGGAGACAACAGAGGAUUUACACAGGACAGAAACCUUAUGAAUGCAGUGAAUGUAGUUAUGCCUUCAGUGGUCAAUUAUGUCUUAUUUUAUGUUGCAGAAAACCAGUAGGAGAAAGCUCAGAGACCUUCUAUGUGGAGAAGGGUUGAGGAAAAAUUUCUAGGUCAUAGUAUGGCUGAAAAGUAUAUACUGAGAGGAACUAUAUAAAUGCUGAGGCUGGGAAAGCCUGAUCUCCUCAUCCUAUUAAAAAUAUGCAUUGAUACACAGGCAUAAUCUGAUGUUAACCCAAAUACAUACAUAUCAAUUUCUCUUUUAUAUCUGUUAAAGGCAUAAAGGAAGUCUGAGUUCAACUAAGUAGAGGAAGUAAGUAGGUGAAUUUUAAAAACAUACAAGAAAAUUUGUAUCUGGAAUGCUGCUAUGAAAGAAAAAUCAGGAAAGGGCUAACCUUGGGUGGGUGGGAUAUGGAGCAUGUGUAUAUCAAUUCAGUCUCUGCAGGCCAAGGUGAAGGAUUAAUUAGGAACUGGGAUGUCUGCUAAAAACUCUUAGGGGCACUUAUGAAAUUGCAGCUUUAGAUUGAGUCAGUUCAUUCAUUUACCAAGUAUUUGUCAAAUACUUCCUUUGUACUGGGUCCUGUUUGAAGAAGUGAGGAUACAGUGGUGACCAAAACAGAAUAAGCCCAUGGUCUCCUGGACACAGCAUUGAGGUAACUGGAUUAUCUUUAACAUUUUUUAAGUGGGGGCUCCACCCAACAUGGGGUAGAACUCAUGAACCUAAGAUCAAGAGUGGCAUGCUCUACUGACUGAGCCAGCCAGGUGCCCCAUGGGAUUAUCUUUAAGUGAUACCUUUACACACCAGCUAUUCUAGUGAGAGAAUGUAAAUAUCUAUAUUAAGUGAGAUGGAUAUGAGUCAUUGGUUCAAGGAAAUAGGACAAUAUAUUGUUGAAGGAGUAUAUUAUUUGGGGGGAUGGGGGAAAGACUUAUGCUUGUUGAGCACUGUAACACAAACUUAUUUUUAAAAUGCCUAUUUCUUAUCUCCUUAAGAUUAUAAAUUCCCUAAGUUUAGUGGCUUUACUUAAAUUUUAAUGUAUUUUUUAAUUAACUUUUUAUGUUUAAAAAAAAUCAAAACCAGAAAGAUGAAAAAUCAUUGCCUCAGUCACACUAACCACAUUUUAAUUGCUCAACAGUCACAUGUGACUAGUGGCUGUAGAACUGGACAGCAGAGACAAUGAGCAAAAAAAGGUGUGACACUGAAUGAAUCUCUGUCAUGAUUUCCAUUACACCAGAAGGUUAUACUGGAGAGUGCUGGUUUUCAUGAUUUUAUAUUUCCCAGCACAUAGGGAAAAAAAAGGAACGUAAUUAUAUUUAGAUUCAAAAGUGAAUGAAUAUAUUAAUGGGCUAAUCAAAUCUGUUUUGUCACUGAAGGGAAAUAUGGUUCUAAAGAACUGUCACCCCAAAGUGUUUUCAUUGUGAUCGGAGAGACUUAAUAACAGGUUAUAAAAGGUCAAAGCAGAAAAAGAGGUAAUAAUAAAAUGUAUUCUUAGUCCUUGUGAAUAAAGAAUUCCCCAUCCCUUCAUAUUCUGGUCACUCCAUCCAUCAUCUUCAAUUGUCAUCUCUUCAGUGAGGCUUUCCCUCACUAGGCCAGGUUCUCCAAUUUCUGGCCCUCUGCAGAACCAUGUUUCUCUGCAUAUAAGCACUUUAUAGACUUGCAGUUUUAUAUUUUCUGGUGGUGAAUGUGAAGAUAACACAUAGGUUAUGUUUUGGGUUGAUCCCUGAUGUUUUUCACAUCAACCUCCAGUGAUCUACAGUCCAGAUAACUCACAUCUCCGUUCUUGAUUUAUUGUGUAAUGCUGAUGCUGGAUUAGAGAGAAGAAGGGAAAAGCAGUCUGGAGAGGAGGACUUGCAUUUUAGAGUUCCCUCGUUUGAGGAGCUGUGGCAGUGGAUGAGGCAGUAUAUUUGAUGCUGUUUAUCUUUGAAUUCGAAUCUAGUGGAUAUAUACUCAGUAAAGAUUCUCUCCAUCUCUAAGCCCAAAGUCCCAGUAUUCUUAACAUUAUGUUUUAACCCAUUCAAAAUCUUGAAAUACCUAUGUGUAUGAAUUUUUACCAUAAGGGGAUUAUAUAAAUACUGUGUGGAGAUGACUAUUUCAUCUUUUCAAAAAGUCAUUUAAAAAAUACUGGUAGUUUUAUAAUUGGCUUUUUAAUGGCCACAGACUGCUUGUUCUGUUGAAGAGAUGUGUUUAAUUUACCAAACUAUUUGCCUGCUGAUGUACAUUCAGGUUAUUCCUAAUUUAAAAAAAUUACUUGGGGUGCCUGGGUGGCCCAGUUGGUUAAGCGGCAGACUCUGAAUUUCUGCUCAGGUCAGUAUCUCAGGGUCCUAGGAUCAUUCCUGCCUCUAGCUCCACCCUCUGGGGAGUAUGCUUGAAAUUCUCUCUCUCCCUCUCCCUCUGCCCCUCCCCUGGCUCUCUCUAGAAUAAUAUAAAUCUUCAAAAAAAUAAAAACAUUACCAAAUUUUCUAUGGUUUAUAUGGAGUAGUUUUUUUUUUUUUUUAAGAUUUAUUUUAGAGAGCCCGAGUGAGAGCACAUGGGGGGCUGGGCAGGUGGAGAGGGAGAGAGAGAAUCUCAAGCGACUCCCCAGUGAGUGUGGAGCCUGACUGGGCUCAGUCUCACAACCCUGAGAUAAUGAUCUGAGCCAAAAUCAAGUCUGUGUUCAACCGACUGAACGACCCAGGUACUCCUGUAAAGAGAGCUUUUUUUUUUUUUUAAGAUUUUAUUUAUUUAUUUGAGAGAGAGACUGAGAUAGAGAGAGCAUGGGGGGGGAAGGUCAGAGGGAGAAACAGACUCCCUGCUGAGCAGGGAGCCCGAUGUGGGACUUGAUCUGGGAACUCCAGGAUCAUGACCCCAGCCGAGGCAGUUGCUUAACCAACUGAGCCACCCAGGUGCCCCUAAAGAGAGUUUUUAACAAAGAUUCUUACCAUUAGAAUUUCUAGGUCAAGGAGAAUGAAAAAUUUAAACUGUAUAGAUAAUUCUAAAUUACCCUGGGGGGGAAAAAAAAGAUGUAUAGAUUAUAUCCUUCACUACCCCCACCUCUUUUGUCUGCAUAAAAUAAUGGCUAAUAUUUCUUAAGUGUGGUCUUUAUUUUACUUGGAAAUGAUGCCAAACAAGAUGGUAGCAUAGCAGCGCCUGGGUGGCUCAGUUGUAAAGCGUCUGCCUUCGGCUUGGUCAUGAUCCCAAGAUUCUGGGAUCGAGCCCCCCAUCAGGCUCCCUGCUUCUCCCUCUCGCACUCCCCCUGCUUGUGUUCCCUCUCUCGCUUUGUCUCUCUCUGUCAAAUAAAUAAAAUCUUAAAAAAAAAAAAAGAUGGUAGC